AAAUUGAUACCAUUAUAGCUGACCGUAUAAAAUGUCAUAAGAAUUUACACCAGUCCAUUAACAAAACAAUUAGCAGAAAUUGGGAGAACAGUAGCGGGGCUGGGAAGGCCGACACCAAAUGCACCACAAACCCACUUGCCGCUUUAAGAUCGACAGUGUCCACCGCGGAUACAACUUUUCUUCUUUAUUCAACCAAACACCGACACAAAAAUGGGGUUCGCUUUCCACCGCUCGUCCGUUUCCUCCGCCACCAAAUGGCUGGGAUUCGUCACCGCCGUCUGGGUUCAAGCUAUUUCCGGCAACAAUUACACCUUCUCCAACUACUCCGAUGCCCUCAAAACCCUCAUGAGCCUCACCCAGCUCGAACUCAACAACCUCUCCGUCGCCAAAGACGUCGGCAAAGCCUUCGGCCUCCUCGCCGGCCUCGCCUCUGACAAACUACCCACCUGGGUUAUCCUCCUCAUAGGCUCCGUCGAGGGCCUGGUCGGCUACGGCGCCCAGUGGCUCGUCGUCAGUGAAAGAAUCAAACCCCUCUCCUACUGGCAGAUGUGUAUAUUUCUCUGCAUGGGCGGCAACAGCACGACGUGGAUGAACACGGCGAUACUUGUCACCUGCAUCCGAAACUUCCGGCGAAACAGGGGACCCGUUUCGGGGAUUCUGAAAGGCUACGUGGGCCUCAGCACAGCCAUCUUCACCGACCUCUGCGCCGCACUGUUCAACAACGACCCCGCUAGCUUCCUCCUCAUGCUGUCCAUAACCCCCUUCGCCGUCUGCUUAACCGCCAUGCUCUUCCUCCGCGAGGUCACCCCUUCUUCCUCCUCCGCCGAAGACCACCGCGACUCCAGAUAUUUCUGGAUCGUCAACGCCGUCGCAGUCUGCGUCGCCGUCUACCUACUCGCUUACGACUUCAUCCCAGACCCUUCGAACCUCUUCUCUCUAAUAUUCUCCAUCAUUCUCCUUAUCCUCCUGGCGUCGCCGCUCGUGAUUCCGGCGUACGCGUUUUUCACAGCGUGGGCCUCAAAGCCGGAUCGGGUCGCGUAUGAGUCGGGUUUGGAUCCGUAUACCCGUGCAGACGAGCCGCUUCUGAGGCAGACGGCGGCGGACGACACACAUCAGAUGUCAGAGGCGGCUGCGGCGUCGGAGGAAGUGGAGGCAAAGAGGAGGCCGGUUCUCGGGGAAGACCACACGAUUUUUGAGGUGAUGAGGACGUUGGAUUUCUGGAUUUUGUUCGUGUCGUUUUUGUGCGGGGUGGGGACGGGUUUGGCGGUUAUGAACAAUAUGGGGCAGAUUGGAUUGGCGAUGGGAUACGUCGACGUUUCGAUCUUCGUUGCGCUCACCAGCAUUUGGGGGUUUUUCGGGCGGAUCGGUUCGGGUAUGGUUUCGGAGAACUUCAUCAGGAAAGCUGCAACACCAAGACCUCUGUGGAAUGCUGCUUCUCAGAUUCUAAUGGCUGUUGGCUACAUCCUCAUGGCCAUCGCCAUGCCUGGUUCGCUAUACAUUGGUUCAAUCGUCGUUGGCAUAUGCUACGGAGUUCGUCUUGCCAUCACAGUACCCACUGCAUCUGAAUUAUUUGGUCUCAAAUACUACGGACUUAUUUACAACAUUCUAAUCCUCAACCUUCCACUCGGCUCCUUCCUCUUCUCCGGCCUGCUUGCCGGACUAUUAUACGACAUGGAGGCUACCACCACGGAAGGAGGUGGCAACACCUGCGUUGGCGCACAUUGCUACCGGCUUGUGUUUGUUAUCAUGGCCAUUGCCUGUGUUAUCGGGUUUGGUUUGGACAUUUUGCUGUCUAUUAGAACCAAGAAUCUCUACACCAAGAUUCAAGCUGGCAAGAAAACAAAGAGAGUGGUUAAUGGCACACAAUAGGGUGAACAAAUGUACGACCUGGGACUAAUUAACUCUUAGUCUACUGGUAUCUGUUCUCGAGUUCGAAUCUCCUUCCCAUUCCCAUUCGUCAAAGAAAAUGAUGGACUUGGGAGGCCAAGAAUAUAAGAGAUUUUUCAGUGUAACCGUCACAGGAGGUAAUACACCACGUGUCUUAUAUAAAUGGUGGAUUAUGUGUGUUAAAAGGUUAAUAACUUAAAAAUUAAAAUUUUCCACCACUUGUAUAAAAACACGUGAUGUACCAUCCGUGUUUCCGUUACAACUAAAAAUUUCUCCAAGAAUAUGAGGAUUGAUGGGCUUAAAUUUCGCUCACUGAUAUCCUCCAUUUAGGCUUAGAAUCAAGCAUGAAAAGAAAGUUACAAAUGGCCACGAAAAUUAUGUGGUUAAAUUGUUUGAUGGGCUUC